CUUGGAUCGAGUAGCACUUUGGCUCCUCAGCAAAGCGCGCUUGUGUCUCAGUGCCUGAAGAGGCCUGGAAAGGGGCCGUGGGCAGGCGCUUCCUUGCACCGAUCUCCUUUUCCAGUUCCUUGCAGCUUCCACCGCAUCUGCAGACCCCAACCACAUGUCCACGGAUCUGAGAAAUGUCCCUGAUGCGCGAGAGCAGGGCUGGUAUCUGAGACUGAUGGCACCCAACGUCAAGGGCCCAAGCUAUGCCUGGCUGGACCCCUCUCUCCUCUACUGUCACCCCCAGGCUUUGCAGGACUGCAUAGAAGACUUGCUGCAACCGUUCCGGGGUGACACCAUUGACCUGGUUGCUGGAAUAGAUGCAAUGGGCUUCAUCCUAGGGGCUGCCAUCGCCCACAUGCUCAAGAAGGGCUUUCUGGCCAUCCGCAAAGCUGGCCACCUCUGUGUGAAGACCCUCAGCGAGCCUUACAGGGACUACACGACCCACGACAAACUGAUGGAAAUGCGAACGGACGCGAUCUCACCAGGUGUUCGAGUCCUGCUGGUGGACCAGUGGGUCGAGACGGGAGGAACCAUGCAGGCUGCCAUCCGGCUGGUGGAGCAGCAAGGCGGCAUGGUGGCAGGUAUUGCUGCCAUCUGUGUGGAAGACAGCGAGGGCGGGCGUUGGCUCAAAGACCGCUACAAAUGGGCCCACUGCGUCCCGCCCUCCCUGAUGCCCCAGUUCAACGCUCACCACCUGGACUCCUUCCAGGCCUUGAAGUCCAGCCCAGGCUUGAAGUAGCAAGGGAACACAGACAAAGGCACAUGCCGAGGCGUUCCGCAGCAGCCCUCGUUGCCCCGCGGCGUCCCAAGUCCAAAGAUCCCAGCCUCCUCCGUGCAAUAGGGGCACGCUCCGUCUGCUCCCACAAGCAUUAACCCCACAAGUCUUAACUCCCAGACCUUUGGCACUCUGCCUUCUUCGGCUCUUGGCCAUAAAAUGUCCCAGCGGCGACACUCCCCAGGAACCUGCGCGGUUAAUAAACCACCCGCUGUACGGUGCAA